AUGCCCGCUACAGUCGUGUUCCCCUUCGUGAUCGUCUCCUUGCUGGUGGCGUGCGGUCCAACGGAGGCAUGGUACAAGCAGGUGGCCGGUCCCAGCUACUACUCGGUGGGCAGGGCGUCCGGCUUGCUGUCCGGCAUCCGGAGGUCACCGUACGUCAGGAGAGCCGAGCCGGACCCGUCGGACCGCGACGGGCUGGCGGCCGACAGCGUGUUUCCGGAGUCCACUGCGCAGAGUUUCAUCCUGAAGACGAUGCCGGUGUGCAUCAGAGACGUCACGCCAAACCUGCAGAGCUGUGAACUCUUCGAGGAACUCAAGGGCUCAUUUAAGUGCAAAGCGGACGUCUUCCUCUCCCUGGACUCGGCCGACUGUGCAGCAGACUGA